AGGGGACUUGUCAGGACGAUUUGGAAAGAGGAAAGGAAGAGGAGGAGCGAGGAGCCAUGGCGGCUCUGGUUGCGCUGUGCGGUGCUCUGCGGAGGAAGAGGUCGGCGCACUUCUUAAAGGCUGCUCUCUGCCUCACAGAUCCUGGGACUCCUGCGGUGCUUUGGAGAAGCUGUUCACAAUAUGAACAGGUAGCCAGCAAUGAGGACCUGCCCAUUCCAAUGGAAAAUCCUUAUAAGGAGCCUCUUAAAAAAUGUAUCUUGUGUGGAAAACGUGUGGAUUAUAAGAAUGUACAGCUUUUGUCCCAGUUUAUUUCUCCAUUUACUGGAUGCAUUUAUGGAAGGCACAUAACAGGUCUUUGUGGGAAGAAACAGAAAGAAAUCACAAAAGCAAUUAAGAGAGCUCAAAUAAUGGGGUUUAUGCCAGUUACAUACAAGGAUCCUGCAUUUCUCAAAGACCCUAAAGUUUGUAACAUCAAGUAUCGGGAGUAAAUUACAGGAGUUUUAUCAAUAAACAUAUUUUACAAUAAA